AUGAACUCCAGCCCAGACCUUCCAAUCCCGAUCUCGUAUAUCGCGGGUAACUACUUUGUCUUCUCGGUCGACGCGGCUACGUUCUUGAGACGUGAACACCACAUUUGCGGUGUCCUGGCCGGAACCCUACCGCAAGUACCACAGCAGAAUGUCUUCACGGGCCUACCGUUGGAGUUGAUGCCGGAAGAAGCAAGGCUCCUAGUGGAGAAGGGCGUAGGUUGCAUUGUAGACGAGGUCAACUUCCAGAAGCAGGGCAUGAAGUCUCUCAUGGAGGAAGACCGCAAGAAGUAUCUCAAAGAGCUAGAAUCGCAAGGUCUCGAGUCCAAGCAACUCCAAAUUCGCCGGAAAGAGCGGCUAAGAGAAGAAUAUUUGAAGAAGAAGAAUGAGAAAGCUGCUGCGAAGGCGAAGAAGGCGGAGGAAAAGCAGGAUACUUCCGCUGCUCCCUCUGGCGAAGAUUCCGUCUUUCUAUUUGAUGAUCGCCAACCUUCUACCUCUCCUAGUCACGUAUCAUCCAGGCGUUCUUCAGUCCUGGGCGCCUCGGAUGCCAUGGGAAUCACCCCAGCUAUAUCCCACCCUCUUCUUCCUCAGCAACCACCUGCCGAGCAUCAUCUCCCGCUUCCUGAAGUGCCAUCUUCGUAUCCUCUCUUCGCUCACCUUCACUCCAAGGGCUACUUCCUAUCCCCUGGCCUUCGAUUUGGCUGCCAGUACAUGGCCUAUCCAGGUGAUCCGUUGCGGUUCCAUUCCCACUUCCUCGCGGUUGCAGCUGAAUGGGACGAACAACUGGACUUGAUGACGAUUAUCAGCGGAGGUCGUCUCGGCACGGGCGUCAAAAAGGGUUUCCUUAUCGGAGGAGCUGACAAGAGCCGCGACGAUUCUGGUGUCGCAGGCUCGAACGUGAGAGCUUUCAGCAUUGAAUGGGCAGGGAUGUGA